CAAAAAACCAUGUCCAAGGCCGCUGCUGACUUUGCACGGUCCGCCCUGAGUCGGUUUCACACAUCUGCAGAUGCCGCCAAAGUAGUCGCGGCGCGAUGGCAGACUCGAGCGACGAACGUGCAGCAGAUUCUGUCGAGAGAGGGCUGGGGAGUGGUCGCCAAGUCGCGCGCCGUGUACUCGGAGAUCACCGGAGCGGCCGAGCUCGAGCAGCUACGGCGAGCUGUGGCACUACAAGAAGAAGAAUGCCAGAAGCACGCCAGGGACUGGGACGAAGCGGCGUCCGAGUUCAUCUCGAUCAUGCAAAAGCUGCGCGACUUUGGUCAGCCAAAGCGACACAUGAUGGACGAGUACGAAAAGCUGGUCGAGCGCGAAGAGUUUCUGAACGACGAGUUACGCACGCUGCUGAACAAGAAGCGGGACGGCGAACGCAAGCUCAAUCUGCUCAACAAGGAUCUCAUCCGCUCAGACACGCACCACGCACGCAAGAUUUUAUGGGUUUCCAGUACCUCGGUCAUUCUGAGCUAUUCAUACUCGAUCUUUUCCUACUUUUUCUUCAAUCCAAAGCACACGCUCGAGCGCUUGGCCAAGCUGGCAAACGAAAACGAGGUGCUGACAGCUUCGCUCAAGACGAUGGUGGCCGACCAUGCCCUGCAACAUCCACCAAGCAUGGUGCAGCAACCUCCUCCUAUGAUUGGUCUUGUUUCUAGCGAAGACGACAGUGAUGGCGAGAGUGACGAUGCGACUUUGAUCGAUGCCAAUGAUCGGCAAGCAACCAAGCAACGAAGAGAUCUGAAGGAGAAUCAAGCGCAAAACAAGUCUGAAGAAUCUCCAACAACGAUCACGGACAGCAACACUAGUACAGCGUUCGAGUCAACAAGGAAGCAAGAAGAAGGACAUGGCCAAUCACCAUCCUGGCUGUCAAGCGCGGCCGAUGCAUUGAAACGACUCGUUGGACCUCCCUCCAAUGAUGGCACACGGCAGCAGCAGCAGCAUCUUUCACCUGUGGUCCUGAUCGGCGGAAUACCCGUGCGGCAACACCUCCUGGACACGGUGCUGGUGGUCGGUUUGGCGACAGGUGUCAUUCUGCUCUUCUUGCCUCACGCCGCACGUUCUUCCUAGUCGACGGGCUUGCACUGUUGCACUAGUAUGUUGCCGCGUUGUCUUUUUCAAUUCUAUUGCAUAUUUCUAUACUUCGCUCGACUCGCGUGAUGCUUUGUUCGUUGCUGCAACUUUUCACCACAGAAAUGGAACAACGACAUCGAAUGAAGUGGGAAGCAUCAACAACCAACGUUAACAAAUACAAAAAACCAAAUCAGCA